GGCAAUCCAAAUCCUGAUCCAACGUUGUGUUUGGUUUGGUCGGCUACGUGCGUUCCUUGGGUUCGGUGGAUUUGGAAAUUUGGAAGAGUGUGGUGUUUGGACCGCAAGACCAGAAUCACCACAGUCACUGGUGACGGUAUAACAUCUGUUCAGCCAGUUCAGCUAUGUCGAGUAGCGACUACGCAGAGAUGCAGUCACGUGUGACCACGGACGCCACGGGCGUAUGACAGAAGAGCAGUCCGUCAGAUCGGCGACUGAUGUUCAUCGCCGCCGCUGAAGAGCCCAGCGCUUGAACCUGACCGCAGAGAUCUGAGAAAGCACCCCACUGGAUCCCAGAAUGGCUUCGUCCGUGAGCGUGAGCGUGGAGGCUGGACAAGAGUACCAGGUGCAAGAGAUCACCUACGAUGGGCAGGAGGUCUACGUGCAGCCCUGCUCCAUGUCGGAGAACCUCACCAAGUUGGCGCAAAAGAUUGACUUUGGCAAGUCUGCGGGCGACACGAGCGGAGACGUCCCGGAGAGCCCGGCGGAGGAGCAGAAAGAACUCGCCUCGUUCCAGCCCUCUCUCUGGCCAUGGGACUCUGUGCGCACCAAACUACGGCAUGCCCUGACGGAAGUGAGCGUGCUGUGUGACGUCCUGAACAUCGCCAAGCAAAAGCACUACAUGGUGUUGGACCCGGUGUCCCAGGAGCCCGCCGAACACAAGCCGGUGGCCAUGCUGGUGGCCAAGAAGAAGGCCCUGGCAUCGGCAGCAGCCAUCAUCCUCAACGGGGCAGAGUGCCUACGAGCUUCCCAGGCAGAGGCGGCCGGGCGCAGUCGCCUGAUGCCGGACUUUCACGCGGAGCUGCUGCACAUGCGCCAGAACUGGCGCCUCAAGAAGGUCGGCGGCACCAUCCUGGGGGACCUGUCCUACCGCAGCGCGGGGUCCCGUUUCUGGCAGAGCGGCACCUUCGAGGUGUCCAAGAGCGCCCAGGCCCUGGCUGCGAGCGGGGCCUCCCCCUCAGAACUGUCCUCGGCGGGACCUCCGAGGGGCAGCUCCAUCAAGGUCACCCUCCCGUCGGAGCUGGAAGGCAUCUCCUACAUCCAGGUCACCAUCCAGAAAGACACGGAGACGAUUGCCAGCGGGCAGCUGAGCAUCAACCUGCCGCAGAACGCCUUCUCCAACCCUGAGACCCACUGGCAGCAGCGCCUCGAGGCGGCACAGAACGUGCUCUUCUGCAGGGAGCUCUUCUCCCAGCUGGCCCGUGAGGCCGUGCAGCUGCAGCCCUCCAUCCCCAACCUGGUGGUGGGCAACCAGAUCACCACCUCCCUCUUCCCGGGGGUUCAGCUCUGCAUCGGACUCUGCCACCGCACACUCCAGGACCGCAAGCCCGCCCUGCAGCCCUCGCGCCUGGACCACAAGCAUGUGCUGGAGCACUCGCUGCACCAGCUGCUGCGGGAGUACCACUACUCGGCGCUGCACCAUGCCACACCCAGGCCCGCCUCGGCACCCAUGGGGCUGGGCAAGCGGCGCCACCUGGCGGGGCCCCACGCCUACGACCGCCAGCGACUCAGGGACACCAUGCACAGCGAGACCAUCUUGGAAAAAAUCAUCGCCCAGACUCAGCACGUGGUCCUGCGACUUAGGACCAUGUACGUGAUCGACCAGUUUGCGUGCGAGACAAAGGACCCCCUGGUGGUGGCGCACUGGAUGUGCAUGAGCAGCCCGACGCACAACUCGGUCAAGAUCAACAUCGUGUCCCAGGGCUACGAGACCAUCUGCAGGACGCCGCUGGUCAUCCACAUCGAGGAGCACGCCCUCAAGGCCAUCUGCCGCGACGGCCGCGUCAUCCACCUGUCCUACGAGCCCCAGGAGCUGCGCUACCUGCUCAUGUGCCAGGUGUCUCAGCACCAGGUGAAUGCGGUGCAGACCCUGGCCAAGUUUGUCGGCUGGAAGGUGCUGUCGACGUGCACCAAUGCGGGCGUGGGACCAGUCGAGCCCGUGGGCAACGCCUGCUCCAUCCUCAUGGCAUCACCCACCGGGGACAAGGUGAUCUCGGUUCGGUGCGGGCCCCAGUCCGGCAUCGAAGUGAGCGUGUCGUCGUCCCCGCAGCAACAGGACUUCUACCCGUCGACGCUGGUGCGCGACCGCAAGUGGCACAACCUGAGCGGAAGCUUCCGCGAGGUGUGCCUGGCGCGCAUGCAGGGCCGCUCCUUCCUCUCCAAGAUGGAGCACCUCAUGGCCGCACUCACCACCUAAUUCGCCCCCCGCCCUUCCCCUGUAAAUAUAAGCUGUCGCGACGCCACUCUGU